GGCCGGGGCAAGGGAUGCAGCGGCUGAGCUGACCUGCCUGACAAGGGUUGGGGCCGAGGGAUGGCGAACGUGCGAGUAGCCGUGAGGGUCCGGCCCCUCAGCAAGAGGGAGACCAAAGAAGGGGGAAGAAUUAUUGUGGAACUUGAUGGCAAAGUGGCAAAAAUCAGGAAUUUAAAGGUGGACAAUCGACUAGAUAGCUUUGGGGACUCCCGGGAGAAGAUUAUGGCAUUCGGCUUUGAUUACUGCUAUUGGUCUGUCAACCCAGACGACCCCCAGUAUGCAUCACAGGAUGUGGUGUUCCAGGAUUUAGGGAUGGAAGUACUAUCUGGAGCUGCCAAAGGCUAUAACAUAUGCCUUUUUGCCUAUGGCCAGACAGGCUCUGGGAAGACAUAUACCAUGCUGGGGACCCCAGCUUCUGUUGGGCUGACACCCCGAAUAUGUGAGGGUCUCUUUGUCAGGGAGGAAGACUAUGCCUCACCGCCUUCCUCCUGUAGAAUAAAAGUAAGUUUCCUGGAAAUCUAUAAUGAACGGGUACGGGAUCUGUUGAAGCAAUCUGUUCAAAAAAAGUCGUAUACCCUGCGGGUCAGGGAGCAUCCGGAGAUGGGGCCCUAUGUACAAGGUUUAUCUCAACAUGUAGUUACCAACUACAAACAAGUAAUCCAACUCUUGGAGGAGGGAAUUGCAAACAGAAUCACAGCAGCCACCCAUGUUCACGAGGCCAGCAGCAGAUCUCAUGCCAUCUUCACUAUCCACUACACGCAGGCAAUCCUGGAGAACAACCUCCCCUCUGAAAUUGCUAGCAAGAUCAACCUCGUGGACCUAGCAGGCAGUGAAAGAGCAGAUCCCAGUUACUGUAAGGACCGGAUUACUGAAGGAGCCAAUAUCAACAAGUCCCUUGUGACUCUAGGAAUUGUCAUCUCUACCUUAGCCCAGAACUCCCAAGUAUUCAGCAGCAGCUUGAGCCUCAACAGCUCAGCCAGCAAUGGUGGUGACAGUGGGAUCCCUAGCUCUACCUCUGGGACUAGCAGUGGAGGGGGACCAUUCCGGAGACAGUCCUACAUCCCAUACCGAGACUCUGUGUUGACCUGGCUGCUGAAGGACAGUCUUGGAGGCAACUCCAAAACCAUCAUGGUUGCCACCGUGUCUCCUGCGCACACUAGCUACAGUGAGACAAUGAGCACGCUGAGAUAUGCAUCCAAUGCCAAAAACAUUAUUAACAAGCCACGGGUGAAUGAGGAUGCUAACGUAAAGCUGAUCAGAGAGCUCAAAGAAGAGAUUGAAAGACUGAAAGCCAUGCUGCUGAGCUUUGAACUGAGGAACUUCAGUUCAUUGAAUGAUGAAAAGGAUGAAGAUCUUAAGGAGCUGGUUUUCCAAAAUGAAUUGAAGAUAAACCAGAUGACUAAAGACUGGACCCAGAAGUGGAAUGAUUGGCAGGCCCUCCUGGAGCAUUACAGCGUGGACAUCGACAGGAGGAAGGCUGGGGUGGUCAUCGACUCCAGCCUGCCACACCUGAUGGCCUUGGAGGAUGACGUACUCAGCACAGGUGUUGUGCUCUAUCACCUCAAGGAGGGGACAACAAAAAUAGGAAGGAGUGACUCAGACCAGGAACAGGACAUUGUCCUGCAGGGUCAGUGGAUUGAAAGAGACCACUGCACUAUCACCAGUGCCUGUGGAGUAGUCAUUCUCCGGCCUGCCCGGGGGGCCCGCUGCACAGUCAAUGGCAGGGAGAUCACCGCCUCUUGCCGUCUGACCCAAGGCGCUGUCAUAACUCUGGGGAAAGCACAGAAAUUUCGAUUCAACCACCCAGCAGAGGCUGCUGUCUUGCGGCGGCGAAGGCAGGUUGGAGAGGCUGUUGGUGGCAGUGGCUCUUUGGAAUGGCUGGACUUGGAUGGAGAUGUCACUGCUUCCCGGCUUGGUCUCUACCCUUUGCUUUGGAAGGAAAGGAGAGUGCUUGAAGAGCAAUGUGACGAGGACCAUCAGCCACCAAGGGAUGGAGAAACGUCCCACAAGGCCCAGAUUCAGCAGCAGCAGUGCUAUGUGAACGAUUUGAGGCAAGAAAUCCUAGCAGGACAGAUUAGAGCUGAGAAGGAACUGGAAUUUGACCAGGCUUGCAUCAGCCAGCAGAUUAAAGAAAAUCAGCAGUGGCUGCUCAGAGAAGAGACCUGGCUGGCUAGCUUGCAGCAGCAGCAAAAAGACAACCAUGUAGCAGAGAAAGAAGUUGAGGCAUCUGUGGCACCUGAUGUCUGGCUUCACACACAUCCUGAGAAUCAACCAUCCCCACUUGUCCAAAGCCAGAAGAGGGUGGUACAACUGCAGCUCCUGCAGAGACACGCUGUUCGAGCUGCAGAACGGAAUGCCCGGCGAAAAAGUGUCUCGUUCCAGCUAGAGAGAAUCAUCAAGAAGCAGAGAUUGCUGGAAGCCCAGAAGAGACUGGAGCAGCUCAGGGCAUUGUGCUGGCUGCAGGAUGACAGCACCCAGAAAUCCCCAUACUGGCUCCCCAGCCCUGACGCUAUGCUUCCAGUGUCUCGAUGCAGAGGCAGAUCAACAAAUUGCAGUUCUUUGAGCCGCCGAAGGCUCUGCAGCCAGCGCUCACCCCAGCUACACAGUGUUUUCCCGAAUUUGGAUCCCUCCACCAUGUCAUCACCUGUGCCUGACCCCACUCACCAAAUAUCAGAGAAAACACCAUCAGAGGAGUAUAUGCCACGGGCUGCUGCUUACCCUCCAAGGACAGGACGUAUUCGCAAGAAUAGCCUCCGUUCCUCAGGCCCAGGGAAGCCCUGUGCAGGCAGAGGAGCCUUGGCCAGUAGGGGAGCCUCAGCUCCAGACACUUACCUCACUGUGAGCCCCGAGUCUAUUGACAUCCAGGAAAUGGAUAGAGUGGGUAAGCAGCCCCAUUGGAUGGUGUCCCAGAGCUUAGCAUCUCGGAGCCAAUCAGCUAACAAGCUAAAGCCAAGGGAUGAGGCAAAGACCCUCACCCCUACCACCCAGAUCAGAAGAGCUAAGGGACUAGCAGGCCCUGGCCACAUACAAGCUGGGUGGCGAGAAGAAGGGAACCUUGAGACCCACAAGGCUGCUAAGGGAGCCACUUGCAGUUCCCUAUAUCCUCAAGGACCCAAGCAGACGGCUGUGCAUGGAAAGGCAGCCAAGACUUGUUGGGCACGGUACAAACCACCACCUUCAAGCAAGGCAUCAAAAAGGCAUCAGAGGGUAUUGGCAGCUAGGGUCAGAGACUUUGCUAAAAAGUCCUCUCAUUUGCCUCAUGGCAGUCCUUUGAAGAGACAACAUAGUGCAGGGGACCUGGACACCAUGGCCUCACUCAGAGAUUCUAGUCCAGUUGUAUUCUGUGUAAGAAAAAAAGAAGAUGAUUUAUCUGACACAGAUAGCAAUUACUCAGAGGAUUCUCUCUCCUGUGUCUAUGCCAAAGCCCCAAAGGAGCCACUGAAGCCAGAGGACCCUCAGGGGAAGAAGUGGAAUCUCCCAGAGCCAGAGAACUCUGAAAGUGACGACAGCCAAAUAUCUGAGGACUCUCUGACUGAAAAGGAGUACCAAAGCCCAAACAAGAGCCCAGGGGGCAGUCAUCUCACCAACAAUGGCCAGCCCAGGGUCAGAACUAGAACCUCUGUGAGGGGCUUCACCGUGCCCUCGGACAGUGUCCUACUUGCUCAAGCUCACAGGAGCUGUGAUAGCCUGAUUGAUGCUGGGGGGGAUCUGGAGGAAGACCAGCAGGAAGAGCCUGUUUUUGGUUCAGCUGGUGAGAUACCCACAGAGACUUUUUGGCGCCCACAGAACUAUAGUCUGCCUAUAGUGGACCAGGAGGCAAUGUGCAGGCUUGAUUCCAUUGACCACAGGGUAGGAGGUAGGCUGGAUGCCAUCCUGCCAAUAAGCAGCUCAUUUUACCUUGAUGCCUCAUUCCACCCCCAUUAUGAGCCCUCUGAGUCAGAGGUGGAGGCAAGCUGCUCUGAACGAGCCAACCCUCCCCAAGACAUGCAGCUUUCAAGAGACAGCCCAUUGAUGUCCAUGGAUUCUUGGUUUUCCUGCGACUCUAAGGUCAACCCCAGCAGCCCCCCAGGAAUAGUGGGUUCUUUAUGUCCAAGUCCUGAUGUACAGGAAUUUCAGUCCUGUGAUGAGGAGAGGACUGGAUACUGGCUAAAUAUUAAAGAACUAAAGCCAUCAAGUAUACAAACAGUCCUGUCAUACAGCUCCAAACUGCCCCGAGGCAGUACUGAGCUACCCUGCAGUGUAAGAGAUGAGGACACAACCUCUGCUUCUGAUACAUCAAAGCUGUCACUCUGGGGAACUCAAAGUUGUCUUCAACGAGGAGCUGAUGGCACCUCUCAGGGCAGAGGUAUCCCUGACACAGCCCAGCAGGGCAGCUCUGAAGUAUCCCACAGUUCUAGUGUAUCAGGUGUGCCAACUGCCUCUGCUACCUCAUUCACUGAUGUAGGCAGUGGCCAGGAAAGGGAUUGGGCUGCCCUUCAGCAAAAGUAUCUUCUUGAACUCUCUCAUCCUGGUUUGGAGGCCAUAGAGGAAGCCAGGCCGGCUUUCCUCUGCCUUGAGGAGGACUCUGGUUCCCUGACGCAAGCUUCUGGCAAAGGAGGAGAUACUGUAUUGCCAAUAGGUCCUAGGGUAUCUGGCAGUCUGGAUUUUAAUAACUUUCCAAUCUGUCUAUCCAAAAUUAGGCGUGUGAGAGCAGAGAAAGAACAGGACAGUUUGAGUGCCAAGUUAGAAGGUACUUCAGAUUUCUUUAGCACUAGUGAGAAAGAGAUGAGUUAUAAUGAAACUUAUUCAGCAGACUUAGAAUCAUUGGCAUCUGGAUCUAUGAAGGCACAGAUCUUUUCAGAAGAGAACGAAAUACCAAAUUCCAUGAUAGAAUCUCGUGAAGUCAAACAGAACAACUUGCAAGAAUGCUUUCAGGGUAGCAGGAAACCUGAACUUAAGACUUCCUCUGAUGAGUAUUUUUUCCAGAAGAGCACUUGUCACAGUACUGUCACCAUAGCCACCAAAGCAAACCAUCCACCCCAAGGCUGGGCUCCUCUCAGGAAAAAUAGUGUAAUCCAGCCAAGGCAAUUAAGUCCUAACAGCCACUAUCCCCUACAGGAAGAAAAGGCAGAUUGCCAGGAGGGCACUAGGGAAGUAGUUGAAAGACACACAAAUGUUUCUGUUGCCUUUCCCUCAGGUCCAGAGCUGUGCCUCCACUCUGCUCCCUGGACUCCAUUCCCAUCUUCCCUGCAGCCGCCUGCCUUGGAAACAUUCUAUGUGACCAAAAGCAGGGAUGCCCUCACAGAAACUGCCUUAGAGAUUCCAGCUUGCAGAGAAGCACGGGUGCCUUCCCCACCCGCUAGGGAAGCCUGGGGCUUUGGUCCGCACCUAGUCCUUCAAAAUGCUUAUUUGAAGAAUAAUUUGCCAGUGCUAUCACAAAACCAGAAUUCCCGGAUUGCCUCGUCUCAGUGGGUCACAGCAGAGAGGCCAGUUGAUUUAAACACCAAGGAAGUUGUCAGAGAAUUAGGGAAAUGCUCUGGAAAUAUUAAAGAAGAAAGCCAUAAUUCAGUUUAUUUUUUUGUUGCUCAGAAUAGACCUUUUCUCCCUUCUGCCAGCACAAAAGUGUGUGAAUUUGAAAAUCAAGUUGGAAUUUUGAAUAUAAAACAUGGUCUUGAAGCACUUGAGGGAGAAGAGGCCGCUUCCUCAGAUAGUUUGGAGUCUGGGAAGCCUCUCCUCCUCAUUUGUGAAUCUGAGGCCAGUGGGGAGGAAGAGCAGGGUCAGAGUACAGUUCUAAGGCCGAUCCGGGCCUGUGAUGUAAAGAGACAGUUCCCUUCUGGGGCCAGGUCUGAUUUCAUCUGUAAAAUCAUCAGUUUAGGCCUUGAGAAGGACAUGCCAGGGGAAACUGCUGUUUCUUUGGAGUCUAGAUCAGUACAUCACAGAGUAAGCAGUCCAGUGAUAGUAGCUGAGGAUGAGAGUCCAAUGUGGGACGGGAAGAACGAAACUGGGCUGCUUGGAAAAGCUCUUCAUCCCCAAGAUAGCUCAGAAGAGUUUAAGCUCCCAGGGACAGAGUCUACACAUGAAAGAUUCCAGUUAGUUACAUGCUCUCGUGAAAGAAACCCCAGUGAAUGCAAGGGCCCUGGAAAGUCACAAGAAAUGUUAAACCCCAAAGAAGAACCUUCUGGAAAGAAACAGAAUAAAAGGGUUAAUGGUGCUGAUGAAAUGGCGAGGCUAAUUAGGAGUGUCAUGCAGCUGGAAAAUGGCAUCUUAGAAAUUGAAUCCAAGCAGGUUAAGCAGCUUCAUGCUUCCCAUACACCAGGAAUCAAUAAGUUUGUGUUCCAGGACCAGAAGAAUCAGAAGACUGACCAUGUCCUUAGGACAGCCAGCUCUGGACACUGUUUGUCCUUCAAGGGUCAGCCAUCUUCUCCAAAACAGACAGAUGAUGUCAUCUUUAGGGGUGGUAAAACCAGAGAAAUGGAGGUUAACAGUAGCACUGGGAAUGAUCCCCAGGUCCAGAAAAUCACCCCAAGCCCCUUCGUGUCAAGGGAAUGUGUACGAGAGAGUAGAUCUGUGAGAGGGCAAACCCACUCUUCAAAGUUAGACAGAUCCACCAAGGACGUGUGUGAUUCUUUAGGGACAUGCACAACUCACAGAGAGUCCCCCAACACUUCUCUUCACCCAAGGAGAAUGAAAUCAUUAGCUAGAGCUCUGCCAUUGCAGCCCAGUCCGGUGAGUUCUUCUGAGAAUGAUAGCGAGUGGGUAAAGGCAUCAGCAAGCCUCAAAGGGCAGCCUUGGGGCUUAGGGAGUCUUGAGGAAUUGGAGACUGUGAAAGGUUUUCAGGAAAGCCAAACUGCUGAACACAUAAGUAGUUCCAUGAGAAAGGAGCCAAAAGCUCAAGGUAGAGUUGAAAUGGCCAUGCAAGGGGGAGGAAGCCUACAGGAGGAGGAAAAUGAGACAGUCUCGUUGACUCAGAAACUUUGUAGUCUAAGUCAGCUUUAUAUGGACACGUUUUUCAGCCAAGAGACUGUCUGCCCAUUAUCGAGCCAGACAGACCCCUCUACAGCUCCUCCCCAAGACCUGGAGAAUACCUUGCCUUUGAUUUCCCCAGGUCUGCCAAUAAGCUGUCUUCAUGAUUGUGAUGCUGUAGGCAUCUCUUCAGUUGACUUUGUGCUGGAUCCCACAAUGUUGAAAAUUCUUAAUAGCCCUUUGGUAACUGGAGUGGAGCUUCAAGACCAGAGUGGAGAGACCAGAAGCCACAGCCCUCAGGGAAACGGAGGAGGCUCUUCCGUGGCAUAUGCUGCUCCCUGUGAGUCUCUGAUAUCCAUGGCCCUGGGAUCUCACUGUCAGUCUGGUGCACCAGAGAGCACCGAGGCCAGGAUAUCAGCAAGGACCAGCCUCCAAGACCAAGGAGGGGACCUCAGAAUUGCCUCUAUGGACUUGAGUACCAGGGAAGGUUUUGCUUCUGAAGCUGAGGUAGCUGUACCAAAAAAGACAAGAGCCAGUUCCCUGAGCAGGAUCUCUAGCCAGCUUGAGAAGAGGGUCAGCUUCUCCUUAGAAGAUGAUGAUCACCAGAGUACGGAGGCAAGGCUGAAGGCAGCGGAGGAGGCCGAGGCCCUCAGACAUAGCAGCAGUACUUCCUUAGCACCUGUUUCCCUGCCGAGGGUACCUACUCCGGAGGCCAGGUUGUUGGAGCCCUCUGUCUAUGCAUCCAUGUGUCUGGCUAUCUUGGAGGAGAUCAGACAGGCAAAGGCCCAGGGAAAGCAGCUUAAUGACCUCGUGUCUGGGGAGACAGUCUUUCCUUACCGUGAAACUUUACUAGAACUCGAAUGUUCUUCAAGGGCUGCUGGCAGGCCUCAGUGUACACAAAUGGACCAUUCAGUGUCAGAUGGGACCAGGAGUGAGGGUAAAGCACAGGGGUCUCAUGGGGCUUCUCUGUCUGCUGAACCAGGACGUCUGUCAGUUGAUAAGAGGAAAGUCCAGGCCACACCUCUCUCUGCAGACAGCUUUCAACCUCCACCUACCACUGAAAUUGACAGAGAGCCACGGCAUCCCAUGCAAGCUCUCUCCUAUGGUGCCUCUGCUUUGGGCAGAAGACAUAGUACUGGAGAACUGGGACAUUUCCUGGGAGCUUGUGAACAGGUCUCAUGUCCCUCUGGUUCUUUUGAAAUCAUAGAGAAAGAAGCAACCAGAACAUCUUCCUCUGCUGUUCCUUUGGCCUUAGACAGUCUUCUUUCUUCAGCAGCUGUGGAGGGAGACAGGAAGGCAAUAUCAGAGGAAGUAGUGGCUGCCUUAUCUUCUCAGGCCCCAUGUGACGAUCUUGGAGUGAUUCUGCGUGGGCGAAGUAAGCCAGCUGCAUGGGAGACUGCAGAGGGCAUACCCCCUGGCAGUAGGGACAGCAGCCCAGAGCACCAGGAACCUAGAACUCUAGAAGCCACAUAUGGAGGAGGUUUGGAUGACUUCUUAUUGACUGCAGAGGGAAAAGAAACAGCCCAACUUGAAAGUCAGUCUGUGAUCUGUGAUGCUCAGAAUUCUACAAGUCUCUCUUCUAAGCAAGACCAUGUCCAAAGCCUUGAGGCUUCCAUUGGCUUAGAAGAAGGGAGGGCAAGGCUCAAACAAGGUACUGUUCUGCCUGAAACCAUGAGAAGGGUUGAGCUGGGAGCUCCUGCACAGGAGCAUGUGAAGUGGAAGGGAAGUAUUGUGUCUGGGCUGACAGAAGCCUGCGGGGCUGGCAGCAAACAUCCCAGGCCAACCUCAUUUCCAGAUCAAAGACCUAGCCCAGAUCCUGGGGGAGGUAGGGAGGAAACUCCAUGCAGAUGCCGAAGGGAAACUUUAGAUUGCCCUGUCUUCUCAGGGAGCAUUGAAGGCAGGCGGACUCUCAGCCCAGCUAGAGGGAAAGAGGAGAGCAGAAUUUCUUGCUGCCAGUUGUGCAAUUCUCAUCGUGUUGCUACUUGUUCCUCCUGUUCCUCCACUUUACUACGUUGUAGAGAUGGUGACCUGGGAAAGGAGACUUUCAUGACUUCCCCACAUACUGUCUACCCUGCCUGUGUAGUAGCUUCCAGGGCCUGUGAAAUGGAGGAGAGAGAAGAGAGCUCUUCCAGGGAACCUGACAUGCUCUUGGCACAUGACCGUGAGCCCCAAAACAUGAAUAUGGAAUUUAGGCCAACAGAGAGCAGUACUCUUGAGCCCUCCUCUGUGGACGCUGUCUUAUUUCCAACUCAAGGCUGCAACUCCCAUUCUGCCCCUGAUGUGAAGACAGGUUUUCUUAGCCACUCAGCUGCUGACAGAAGCUCAAGGUCACUAGAGGUUCCUGAAAAGACAGUUACUGAGAAGAAAGCCAGCACAGAACUUGAGGUUGCCCCUUUCCCUACAGGCAGGUACUCUGAGCCACUGAGGAAGUUUCAGGACAGCUCUGUAGGUUGCCAGAAUGCACAGGUGUCUCAAACAAAGGCAGAACCACCUGCAACAACUCGGGGACCACACACCCUGAAUUUAAGUGAAAGGUCUGCUGAGAGUGGGUCAGUGGUAGAGUCACAGCAUGGAUGUUUCAAAAAUACCAUCACAUGCCUUUCAGAAAACCCACGACUUGCCACAGAGUCUAGGGAUCACAAUUGCUUGGAUACCCAAGCCAAGUUUGUCGCAAGGUUAAAGUACACCUGCAGCCCCCAGGGUGACUGUCCCUGGGAGGAGGAAGAGCAACAGAGAGACCAGGAUUCAGGUGGUGGUGAAGACCCUGCCCAGGGCAGGAAAACCCCACCUUCCAAGGAAGGUGGCUUGGAUGGCUGUCGGAUUAUAAAUGCUGGGAAAGAGGAAGUGGCUGUGGCCAAGCCUUUCUCACUGGGCUUUGAAGACCCAGCUGGUGUGUCCUCGGGACAGAGUGAAGUACCACAGCCUGCUGCCCAGCGGCCUGGCCAGCCCCACCACAGGUGCUCACGUCCUGUGAUCGCGGUCUUCUCUGGCCUUGAACACUCCAAGUCCUCCCCCAGACCGUACUUCUCUGUGGUCAGCUCUUCUCGAUCUCUGCAAGAGCUGAACUUGAGUGCGAAGACUACUUCCCCUGCAGACGAGGACAUGCAGGGGCCUAACCGAUUGUGGAACCCACACCUCAGGGGCUUUUCCAUGGGAAAGUCAAUGGUGAGAACAUGCCUGAAGACUGAGGACUGCCAUGAGAAACCCUCAUCUAACUUGGAUGAUUGCACUGCUGAUCACAGGCCCCUAAAACCUGCCAUCCCUCCUUACCCGACAUAUUCUACUCACUCAUGCAUGCCAACCCCCACUCUCGUGACCAGCUGGAUGGCUGGUGCUUUAGAUCAGGCGCAGCAGGGAAAGCCAGAGCAACUGGGUAUCCAGGUCAGGCCAGAGAAUUUGUUCUCUCAGGUGGACAAAGGCAUGUUGCACUUUGGCUCCAGAGAUAUCAAUCCCUACGUCCCACCCCGGCAUCCAGAGGGGCCUGUGUGUAUCGGCUGGAAACAGUAUGUGUUUGGCAGUGCAGUUGGUGUCUCCUGUAACCAGGAACCCCAGGGCAUGAUGCCGUCAAAUGAGUCCCAAUGCCCCGGCACGGACAAUGGCCUAGAGGACCAGAACUCCCCAUUCCACUCUCACCUCCACACCUGUGCCAGUGCUCGGGACCUGACGAGCACCUGCAGCAGCAUUGCGACUGCCCAAGCUUCAAAUGCAUGGGGGUCCUCACUUGUUUUAGGAGGCCCCCAUGUCCUGACCGGCCCCGAAGAAGCAGCUCCCACUGUGGGUCCUGACAAGAGACCCUGUUCCCCCGGGGGGGCAGGCUGUCUGAGGGGCGAGUCCCACUUGGCUGAAGGCAGUGCUGCAGGUCCAGUGGAUGAGGUGAUGCCACCAUGUCUGUCAGAGACAGACUGCCCUGUGGGACAGGUCAGAAUGAACACAUUUGAGCAGGGCACACAGACCCUGGGUUGCAGGCUCCAUCGGAGCUGCACUGAUGUCUCCUCUGCUCAGCUUAAAGACAAUAUGGCAUCAGCCCCUGAUCUGGCCUCGUGGGCCAGCAUGCACAGCCUGUCUCUCCACCUCUCACAGCUCCUGCACAGUACUUCAGAGCUGCUUGGGAGUCUCUCCCAGCCCGGUGUGGCCAAAAAGGAGCAGAACACCAAAAAGGACACCCUUGAUGAGGCCCCACAGGCCCUUAUGAUGGACGGCUAUACUCAAACCACUGUGGAUGAGGCCAGCCAGACCGACCUGGCCUCACCUCUGUGCCACCAGGCCUCAGAGGCCAAACCUCAGGAAAACAAUGUGAUCCUUGAAGUGCUGAGCUCAGGUAUCUCAACCAUGUCUCAAGCAAAGGGAGAUGUCUCAGGGGCAUUUCAGAAGAGAGAGGCAGAGGAAACGGCAUGGAAAAUGGCACAGUUCCCAGAUCUUCAGCAAGCAAGCACUCACUGCAGGUCCCAGAGCCCUCUGACAUGCUCAGCCCCCUUAAGGUUUCAAAAAGACCCCCUUGUGCAGGCCCUUCCUUCUGUGAUCCCACCAGUUCCUGACACUUUCCUGCCUCCCAUUUCCCCACUGGAGGAAUCCCAUUGCAUGGCUGUCAGCAGCUCCAGCCUUGGCACCUCUCACUCCCCAGUGCUCUUCCACCAUGCUUCAGACUUCAUCAGGGAGCCUGGGAUGCAGAAGAAGCUGGGCCCCACAAGUGCCUUGCUGGUGGACAGAGCCUCCUCCCCAAUCCUCACUCUUAGUGCCAGCGCCCUAGAGUUGGAUCUCCCCCGAGGCUCUUUGAUUCCCUCAGCCCCCUCAGCUCACCCUCUUGACGGUCACCAGAAGCUCUACUCCAGCCCAGAUCCUCCUCCUGCCACCCUCGAGCCUCUAAUGGACAAUUAUCCCCAAACCAUUGAAGAGUCAGAUAGUUCCCAGAGAGCUAAGACUCUGGGUGGAGAAGGUCUGUCGGAAAGAAGUAAUGGGAGGUGCUUCCUUGAGUUAUGCUCCCCACACAGCCCACGACAGAGCCCAGAACUCCAGGUUGGUCUUGUAGGGCAGCCGCCCCAGCACCUUGAGCCCAGCACUGUCAUCGAGGACCCCAGCAGACUGCUACCUCCUCCGCCGCCGCGCAGGAGCCGGAGGCCGGCCGACAGCUUGGUGCCUGAGGAGGUCGUUUCCCCAGAGCAUGGCCCACUGAGCAGUAGGGGGCCAAGUCGAUGGCAGAGCAGGACAGAAAAUGGGGGUGAGAGUUCCGUGUCUCCAGUGGAGCCACAACCUACUCUGGACGUUUCCUCCUCGUGGGGAGGCCUCCGACACCUCAGCCUCUGCCCUGAAUCUGAGCUGACUGGUACUGCAAAGCUCCAGGGUUCUGCCUUGAGCCCGUCUCAGGCCUGUAAGCCUGAGGGGCUGCGGCGCCCCAGUUCCCAGAUGUGCAUGGCCCCCGAGCCGCAGCAUCAUGGUCUGAGGGACCUCCCAGUGCAUAAUAAAUUUAGUAACUGGUGUGGGGUUCAGGAUGGCUCCUCUGAGGGCCUGGGUGUGACUAAAGAGCUGGGGACCAGCUGUGAUGCCAGCCUUGGAGAGCAGGGACGGGGUCCCCUACAACCUCCUAAAGGCCAGAGCCAGGAUCCUGAGUGGUCCCAGAGCAAGCAGAUCCCUCUGCAAGUUGGGGCCCAGAACGUCUCACUGAGCAUGGAACUCACGGAAGCAAAACUGCACCGUGGCUUUGGGGAGGCAGACGCCCUGCUGCAGGUGCUACAGAGUGGCACGGGGGAGGCACUUGCUCCCGUUGAACCUGUGCCAUCCACCUUGGAGGAGAUCUAUGCUCGGAAAAAAACAACCAUUGAGACCCUCAGGAGAGAGCGGGCUGAGCGACUUGAGAACUUCCGCCGGACACGAAGCCUGAGUCCCCAGAAGCAGGUGAGCCUCCUGCCCAGUAGAGAUGUCCCCAGCCGGGACCUUGACUUGCCCAGCAGGCGCCGAGAAUACCUGCAGCAACUGCGGAAGGAUGUCGUGGAGACCACCAGGAGCCCAGAGUCAGCGUCGAGGCCUGCUCACCCGCCUUCUGACAUAGAGCUGAUGCUGCGAGACUACCAGCGGGCCCGUGAGGAGGCCAAGGUGGAGAUUGCCCGGGCCCGGGACCGACUGCGGGAACGGGCAGAACAAGAGAAGCUGAGAAUCCGCCAGCAGAUUACUUCCCAGCUGUUUCAGGAAGAAGAAAAACUGCACACGCUGGCCAACUCCAGCUCCCUGUGCACCAGCUCCAACGGAAGCCUCUCGUCUGGCAUAACUUCUGGCUACAAUAGCAGCCCAGCCCUGCCCAGCCAGCUCCAAUCUUCGGAGGGCGAGGGGCACAUGAACUUGCCUGACUCCAAGGACACCUGGAUAGGGGAUGGGCAAGGCCGUCUUGCAGUGAGGAACAGUCACCUGUACCUUGCUAGGUCCUCCUGGAAGAGCUCAGCCUACGGCCGCAGAGCCUCCCUGGGCAGUUGCUGCUGCUGUUCUCCAUCCAGCCUGUCCAGCCUGGGGACCUCCCUCUCCUCCUCCUACCAGGAUUUGGCCAAGCACAUCGUGGACACUUCUAUGGCUGAUGUAAUGGCUGCUUGUUCGGAUAACCUGCACAACCUCUUCAGCGGCCAGGCAACGGCUGGCUGGAACCAUCAGGGCGAGGAGCAGGCGGUGCAGCUUUACUUCAAGGUGUUUUCUUCUACCCGGCAUGGCUUCCUGGGGGCAGGUGUGGUGUUCCAGCCGCUGUCCCACGUGUGGGCAGCUGUGAGUGACCCCACCCUCUGGCCCCUGUAUCACAAGCCCAUCCAGACAGCAAGGCUGCAUCAUCGGGUGACCAACAGCAUCAACCUGGUGUACUUGGUGUGCAAUGCCUCCUUGUGUGCACUGAAGCAGCCACGGGAUUUCUGUUGUGUCUGCGUGGAAGCCAAAGAGGUGCCUACCUUGGUGGUGGGGCAACUGUCUAUCGUAGCUGUUCAGUCUGUGUAUGACACAUCCAUGCCAAGACCCAACAGAAAAAUGGUUCGAGGGGAGAUCCUACCCAGUGCCUGGAUCUUGCAGCCUGCCACCAUGGAAGGGAAGGAAAUCACCAAAGUCAUCUACUUGGCCCAGGUAGAGCUUGGUGCUCCAGGCCUCCCCCCUCAGCUCCUAAGCACCUUUAUCAAACAGCAGCCACUGGUGAUAGCCAGACUGGCUUCCUUCCUUGGCAGUUAGCAUCUCGCCGUCCAAUGGUGCUGCUGAGAUGCAGGCCCAGGAUGCUCCAAAGAGAGACUGCAGCAGCUCCUUGUUACCUUCUGUACCUUGAUGCAAGAAGAGCUGAGGCUGUGGCCGGUUGGGCAGACAGCACUGGCCCGGGGUUGCCAGCGCAGGGCCCAGUCAGUGCUUGGUGACAGCUGGCGCCACUGCAGAGUGAGCGGCCUGAGCUCCUGGCGCUGGCUGUCCAGAGUGAAUGAAGUUCAACUCACCUUUUGGAAUUCUCUUCAUUUCCUGUCUUUGGGAUUCUACAGCAGACAAGCCACUCAAGGACCAGGGCUGGGCACAGCCAGCAGAGCUGGGGGACUGCAGAGCUGUAGCGCUUCCUCAGGCUGCCGGGGAAGCAAGCAGCCAUCGGCCAAGACUCUGCUCCGAGUCUGCCUCCAGCGCCCAGCUCCACUGUGCGAUGGAGUAUUAGAAAACAACAAACGGAAAAAGGGUUUAAAAAAAUAGCUGCACAAACCAGAACACCGAUUCAGGAUCUUUUCUCCCUCUGCAUUUUUACAAAAUCCUUUAUUGUUCAUUUUUGGUUUUUUUCCCCUUUCCUUUCCAUCCCAGGAGAGGACACUUGGGUCUUUGCAUCAGAGUCAGGAGCGUUGAGUGAUGCUGUUAUGGAGCUGUCACUCUGCACUCAGUAAAAUGGGAGACCAUUGUGGAACCAGGUGGGACAGAUUUGGGGUCCCGGUAGGGGUCGUCUAACCUUUUGAGGACUGCCGAGGGAGGGUAGCAGCCAGAUGCUGGUUGCUGACAAGAGGAAUUUUAGAGAUUAAAAAUUGUCCUUUGAAGACGAGGGAGAAAAUAAAUGAACUUGGGGGGGGGGGUUGUGAGUGACGUGUUAGGAGGAAGUGCAGUUCUGUGUCUUGCCUCGCCUCCUUCAGAGGUGGUCUCUUGAGCAUUCCAUGCUGCU